UACAAAAAGAUAUAAGCACAUAUAUUUUAGCUACAAUUGCUGAGUCUUCUAAAGUUAGUUUAAAUAAUGUUUGCUCACAAGAUAUUGGGUUAACAAAUCUUUCUAAUAAUACUUCAAUUUUAGCUCAUUACGGCUAUUACAAUACCAAUACCAGCUUUGCAAAAAAUUAUU